AUGUUGACUGGAGAUACGGUACUUGGUGUUUCUGGCGGUAUCAUUGGACUAAUUAUAUUUAUCAUUGAUAUAAUUAUUGUCUUUGAGGUUCUUAACAGUAAUCGUACAUUCAGUGGUAAAUUUGUCUGGGUAUUGUUAAUCUUUUUAUUUCCUGU